AUGAGUCAGGAUCAACCAGAACGACAUCAGGAAGUGCAAACGCAGCAAAAAGAACCAAUAAAAUAUGGGGAUGUAUUUCAAGUUUCCGGCAAACUAGCUGACAAACCGGUGGCGCCACAAGAUGCCGGCAUGAUGCAAGCAGCUGAGACGACGGUGUUUGGACAAACCCAGAAGGGUGGAACCGCCGCCGCCAUGCAGGCUGCGGCUACAAUCAACGAGAGAGCAGGGUUGGUCAGUCAUGAUGAUCUCACCGUCACCGGUGAUCAAGGAGUUGCUGUUACAGCCACCGACGUUCCCGGUGCCCGUGUUGUCACUGAAACAAUUGCGGGAGAGGUGGUGCGGCGGUAUGUGGAGGCUACACCGAUACUCCAGCAGGAAGGUGGGGUUGGAGAUUUGCAUCAGCAAGGUUUUAUUACGAUCGGAGAAGCACUUGAAGCUGCAUCAAGGACAACCGGGAACAAACCGGUGGAGCGGAGUGAUGCUGCGGCAAUUCAAGCGGCGGAAGUGAGGGCUACUGGCAGCAACCUGGUGAUCCCCGGCGGACUUGCAGCUCAAGCUCAAUCAGCUGCCACUUUGAACGCAUCAACUCGCGAAGAAGAUAAAGUCAGACUUAGCGAAGUUCUUACAGAUGCAACGGUGAAGCUACCGGCGGAUAAAGUGGCUACGAGGGAAGAUGCCGAGGGUGUGUUGAGUGCAGAGAGGAGGAACAACCCUAAUUUAACAGCGCAUCCCGCCGGAGUAGCUGCUGCCAUUGCAGCUGCUGCUAAUCUGAACGAGAAAGUGGUGUGA